UCUCUUUUUACGCUUUGAAGAUUGUUUUUUCUUCAACAGCGAGGGUUAAUUUGGCUGACAACGUUUACUUUAGAUUUAAACAUGAAUUUUAAAGUACGACCUGCUACACGAGAAGACUGCAGAGAAGUAUCGAGGAUGAUAAUGGAGCUGGCGGUUUAUGAAAAGAUGCCUGACCAAGUGAAGAUAUCACAUGAAGAGCUGGAGCGUGACGGUUUCUGCCAGAAUCCCUUUUUCCAGUGCCUGGUUGCAGAAGUUCCCGAGGAGCAGAAAUCCACUGAAGGAUUUACAGUCGUGGGAUACGCCCUUUACUUUUACACUUACAGUACGUGGGAGGGACGCUCGGUAUAUCUGGAGGACUUGUACGUGAUGCCAGAAUUCAGAGGAAAGGGCAUUGGGAAGGGUUUGCUGUGCAAAGUGGCUGAGGUGGGGAAAGAGAAGGAGUGUGUGCGGCUGAACCUGUCUGUGCUGAACUGGAAUACGCCGUCACGGGACUUCUAUCUCGCUAAAGGAGCUCAGGACCUCACUGUCAGCGAAGGCUGGCACUUUAUACGCUUUGAUGGACAAAGUCUGGACAAUUUAGUAAGUGCAGCUCCUAAGGAGUAGAAGAUUGACAGUUGUACUGUUUCCAGCUGUAAUUUUUACCUAUUUUUUUUUUCCUUAAUUAUUGUACCUGAUUUUUAUCUACCUUGUUUUUCUCCUGGGUUCAGAGGAAUUUAGUGUUUUGUUAAAAUAUUUUUAAAAUCAGCCACAUGUAUUAUAAACUCUGUAACAUGAUGUGACAGAUGUGAUACCGCGCAUGUCCAGCAGGUGGCAGCAGACAUCAGGCUCUUCACUAGGAACGUGUCUAUCUUGUUGGCUGUCUUCCUUGGAAGAGUGUGAUUUUUUUUUUUUUUUUAAUGUGAAUAAAUCAUUGGGUUUAAUGGAAAAUUACAAUGAGAUGCGUAAAGUGUUGACUUUCGUAAAGGAGCGGUCUAAUGCUAGCUAAUGUCAAUCUAAUGCUGCCAGUAGUAAUAUUUAUCACUGUGAAAUGUAUCUGAAGUCAAAGGAAAAUGUUGUAUGUAACGUCACUCAGAUGAAAGCUAAUAACAUCCUGUUGAAAGGGGCCGAAAAAAGCUAAAAUGCUCAAAACCAAUAAAAACC